UGACAAAAGCAUGCCCUGAAGAUGUCGGCAAUGGUCAUCGUGCCUUUCUUUCUAGCCUUGGUUUCAACCGUCACAGCAUUUGACGUACAGACGGUCACCGCUCUUGGCGUUGUUGGUGGAAGCCGUACCAACGUAUUGGGCCGUCCUUUGGAGGUGUACCGUGGCAUUCCGUACGCGCAGCCACCAAUGGGUGCACUACGCUUUCGUCCACCUGAGCCUCUGCAAGGAUGGGACGGCGUGCUAAACGCCACAAAUAGGAGGACCGCCUGCCCGCAAGUCAUUGUUGCUCCUGUCAUGACUGAAGGCGCUCUUUUGACUGAAGACUGCCUACAUCUCAACGUUUGGAGCCCUGUGGCACCUAAGCAGGCGCCAGUUCCAGUGCUCGUCUCAAUUCAUGGCGGAGGAUUCUCGCACGGCUCCGCCAGCAUUCCCAUCUUUGACGGGGCCGUCUUGGCCGCCAAGACAGGAUUGGUGGUAGUAUCGUUGAACUACAGACUCGAUAUUCUGGGGUUCCUGGACGCGAACUCGACCGAAGCACCCGGCAACGUGGGCCUAAUGGACCAGGCCUUGGCGCUAAAGUGGAUUCAGGCGCACAUCCACCACUUCGGGGGCGACCCCCUGAGAGUGACCAUCUUCGGCGUGAGCGCGGGAGGCAUGAGCGCGCAUGCUCACGUGAUCUCACCCAUGAGCCGAGGCCUCUUUAAGAGAGCUUGCCUGAUGAGUGGGACUCUGAACAGUCCAGAUUUUGUUGAGCAUGUGACUGACAGUAUAAACAAAGGCAACCUUGUUGCUCGAGCUGUCGGCUGUGCCGAUAGUGACAAGAAUUUGACUUCUGAUCCCGAAUCAGUGGUUGCGUGCCUUCGAACGAAAAGCGCUGACGAGCUCGUGCAAGCCUCAUCCCAUAGCAUAAAGCCGAAGAUAUUCACCUUUCUACCAACGUAUCCCAACCGAUUUCUUCCCAAAGAUCCAGCGGUAGCGGUGAAAGAGGGGUCGUUCAACUCUGCCGACAUAAUAGUCGGAGUGACCAAGGACGAAGGAAUGGGAGCGUUGAUGUAUCCACCGAGACAGGAACUGUGGACAGAGAGUCUAGAAGGACUUGAUGAAGAGUUCUUCAACAAGACUCUCCACGACGUUAUAUUCUCCUGGUUCAAGACAAAUUCCGAAAACAACCUCUCGCCGUACAUUGCCGAGGCACGAGACAGGCCUGAGCUGAGGCGCGCUUACGUGGACUUUCUCUCAGACAGGACGUUCGUGUGUCCGAUGCAUUUCACAGCCGAGGGACACUCUAAACGGGGCCACUCCGUGUACUCCUACGUCUUCUCCUACCACUCAGCAAAAAGCACCUUGCCAGCUUGGAUGGGUACGCCACACGGAGGGGACGUGAGCUAUAUAUAUGGAUUUCCUCUAGUCGAUCAGGAAAAGUACGACGCCGAGAUGUCAUCAUGUCCGAGAAUUUGGUCAACGUGUUGUCCACGUUCGCUUCCACAGGAGUACCCCAACUACCUAUGGAGAAGCAAUGGCCCCGGUAUACGAAAGACAACCCUGUUUCCGUGUUCUUCGACAAUGGUGACAUCGCAAACAUCAUCGGUUUCCAAACACACUUCUGCAACGCUUUUAGAACGGACGCGUGAAAUUCGUAAUGUUCUUUACCUUUUAAAGUAUGGCUACAAAUAUUUUUUUCCUGUGCGCUGUUCGCAAAGCAAUUGUGUUGUAUGCGCAUAGGGUUGAUGCGGAACAAGGUAAUUUCGUCUCCACGAGACACGUCAAUUAAUUUAGAUGAUAACAAGGGAAUCGUAAGACACUCGUUUCCCAGUUCACCUUUUGACAACGCCGUGUUCAGUAAAAUUGUCUUGAAACUUGUCUUUAUACACGGAAUCAGGAGGAAAGUUACGACCAAACGCAAUAGUGGAAUUUAUAGCAUACUAGCUUAGUGUUGUUGACGAGCUGUUCAGCUAUGUCACUGAUAUGUCUGUGUAUGCCCCUUGAUUCGCUACGUACACGGACCUGCAUGCUCAAGAAACAAUUGAAUCACCAACGACCCAAGUCGCACAAUUUUUCAUGUCUGAACCUAACACAACCGCACAUGUUUAGCUUCGAAAGAACGACAACACUCUUCAGUGGAUGAGAACACUACCAGAUUUGCAGGCAGGAUCUUGAAACCUCAUCGAUGGUGACGGGCAAGCUGUGUCAAAACAACGUCCAGAACAAAGGCACCGACGCUCAAGAUGAAACUGUUCGCGCUACUUCAUUUUAUCACCUCUCAGAUACGGGAGAGAGCAGGCGAUGCUAAAAGUAGGCUCGCAUGCGAAGCACAACACCCUUGAAAGUACGCAUCUCCUCUAUAGCGCCUUAAAAGUGACAUCGGCCACAGAGUUUCCUAAAAAUUAACCGAAGGCAACUCUGGCGCGGCGAUUUUUCAACAACCAUGAGAAUGAUGGGUAGUACGCCAGUUUGCCUAGCCUUUGUUCUUGCGGGGUUCGAAUGCACUUGUGGCACUUGUGGCUCCAAGCCACGCGAAACUAAUCGGAGCCGAAAAAUAGAUGAUGUUUAGACCCAUUUCUGUACAUACCCAUUCUUCCCACACCGGUGAAGCGCCGUGCGUUGCAGCUCCCAUACACACAAAUGCCAGAGUAUCUUCUAAUGUAAUUAUAGGAAACUCCAUGGCAUUGGCCAGAACAUGGGCUCCUUUAUAAAGAGUGUAGACUUCAUUUCGAACGAUUCUUUGACCUUGGUGCUUAAAACCAUCAGGCAACAUGUGUUGCACUCAAUAAUUCUUUAUUCCUGCGUUUAGUUUGUGGGUUCUGGAACAAGAUUAUUUUGCUGCACUUACCAAAGUCAACUCAGUAGCUUCGCUUUUCCUAUGUUAUACGUAUAUGAAAGAAUCAAUGGGACUUCUUGCAUGGCUUGUUAUGAUUGUUUACAGUGGGUAAAGGGCAGAGAAAUAUAUGGCACUUGUAUGGUUGAUGACCCACUGAACAGGGUGAACGCCUUCAUCUUAUCACGUGACCAUUAUUCAGUGGCAUUAGUGUCUUAGUAUUUCACGACAACAAAAUGCUUUAUCACUUUUUCUGAAGUUUACUUACCCUAGAGGCUCAAUGCAC